CGUCAACAAAAGUAGGUCCCUUCUUGAACCGCGACAGCCUCAUUGUCUUAAAGAAGCAUAUACUGACUUGAAUUCCUUUUCCAGAUGGGGCGUCUCACCGAGUACCAGGUCAUCGGGCGUCAUCUGCCCACCGAGGCAAACCCCACGCCCAAGCUGUACCGCAUGCGCAUCUUUGCGCCCAACCCUGUUGUGGCCAAGUCGCGUUUCUGGUACUUCCUGACCCAGCUCCGUAAGGUCAAGAAGGCGACCGGUGAGGUUGUUGCUGUCAACGUUAUCAACGAGAAGCACCCCCUCAAGGUCAAGAACUUCGGUAUCUGGCUCCGUUACGACUCUCGCUCCGGCACCCACAACAUGUACAAGGAGUUCCGUGAGAUGAGCCGUACCGACGCCGUCGAGGCCCUCUACCAGGACAUGGCUGCCCGCCACCGUGCCCGUUUCGGCUCCAUUGCCAUCCUCAAGGUCGUUGAGAUCGAGAACGCCGACAGCAUCCGCCGCCCCUACCUCAAGCAGCUGCUCGGCAAGGACCUCAAGUUCCCCCUGCCCCACCGUUCCGCCAAGACCGGCAGCAAGCAGAUCUUCUCUUACUCUCGUCCUUCUACCUUCGCAUAAAUGUGAACGUGGAGUUUGGGGAAAGGAGUGUCCAACGGAGUGUGCGGUGAACGACUGUUAUGGCCAUAGCAUGCAUGCAGGACACAGAUCACGCGGGAUACCGACGUGUAUCUACCGUCCACGUCCUGGGCCGGAUGGUUAUGAUGUCUUUUGCGUCCUCUGCAGCGAACUGAAAUUAUAUUCCAAAAAAUAUCACGGGGUUCUUCAAUUUUUUUCAAUGUAUCCAUGUAGUGUAGAUUGUGUGGGUCCGUAGAACACUACCUAAUUAUGC